GCAACAUCGUCAAGGGUAGGGAAGGGAUGCAACCCUCCGGGUGGGAAAUCUGGUUACCCGGUCACUAUAUAUACCUGGUGGGGUCGCUGUCUGCCUCACACCUUCAUCUGCACUCGACUCUAAACUCACAGUCAGGAUGAACCGGUUGGUAGUGGCUGCCGCUCUGGUGGUGGUGGUCUGCCUCCUGGAACCAUCACAAGCUCACAGACAUUAUGGACUCCCUAGCCUCGGAGGCGGCAUCAAGGGUGGUGGCAUUGGUAGGAAGCCUCUCGGGGGCCUUGGUGGAGGUGGCAGACUCACUCUGCCUGGCAAAGGAAGUGGCGGACUUGGAGGUGGUCAUCUAGGCGGUGGUGGCCUUGGAGGCGGUGGUGGUCUUGGAGGCGGUGGUGGUCAUCUAGGCGGUGGCGGUCUUGGAGGCGGUGGUGGUCAUCUAGGCGGUGGCGGUCUUGGAGGCGGUGGUGGCCUUGGAGGCGGUGCUGGUCAUUUAGGCGGUGGUGGUCUUGGAGGCGGUGGUGGUCAUUUAGGCGGUGGUGGUCUUGGAGGCGGUGGUGGUCAUCUAGGCGGUGGUGGCCUUGGAGGCGGUGCUGGUCAUCUAGGUGGUGGUGGUCUUGGAGGCGGUGCUGGUCAUCUAGGCGGUGGUGGUCUUGGAGGCGGUGGUGGUCAUCUAGGCGGUGGCGGUCUUGGAGGCGGUGGUGGCCUUGGAGGCGGUGCUGGUCAUUUAGGCGGUGGUGGUCUUGGAGGCGGUGGUGGCCAUCUAGGCGGUGGUGGUCUUGGAGGUGGUGGUGGUCAUCUAGGCGGUGGUGGUCUUGGAGGUGGUGGUGGUCUUGGCGGUGGUGGUCUUGGAGGCGGACAUAAAGACCAUGGUUUAGGUGGCAGCGAUGACUUUGAAGGCGGUGCAAUUGGAAUUGGCGGUGGCAAAGGCCCAGGCUUCGGUGGCAGCGGUGGAAUUGGAGGAGGUGGUGAUUUUGGAGGCGGCGGUGACUUCGGUGCCGGCGGCGGCAUUGGAGGCAACAAACACAAAGGAAGCGGCGGCUAUGGACGUUAAGCACCAACAAACGCAAGAUUCUCCUCCCGCUGUGGCAAACAAGAGCUUCAUCAUCACUGACAGUCAACACGUCUAUGGAUUAACUGGAAAAUUCAACAGUUCUGGGAAUCAACAUAAACAAGGAAUCAGUCUGUACCUUAACGCCAAAUCAAAUCUUAGGAAAAUUCUGCCUUCAAGAAUUUUUUCUGUGAUAAUAUCUAAAUUUUUUUUUUUCCUAUAUUUGCAUUAUAACUACUUUGAAAAUGUACAUACAAACCUGCUGCAAACUUUAUGUGAUUUUUUUUGUUAUAAGUUGUUACACCAAUUAAAUAAAUGUUUAUG